AUGUCGAAAGGCAGUACAAAAUUCCAACCACUUGACGACAUCAAGACUAUUUUGAUCACUGGGGGAGCUGGUUUUAUUGGGAGCUGGGUUACGCGACAUUUGGCCCUGGUUUACCAAGAGUCUUAUAGAGUUAUUUGUCUCGACAAGCUGGACGACGUUGCUUCAAUGCGCAAUAUCGAAGACUUGCUGUCUUUGCGCAACUUCACGUUCGUGCAUGGCGACAUUACAUCCAGCGAAGAUCUAGGUAGGGCCUUUAAGGAGAACAACGUCGAUUGCGUCCUGCAUUUUGCCGCUUUGAGUCAUGUCCAAGACUCGUUCAAAGAUCCUGUGGCUUUCAACGUGAACAAUGUCUGUGGCACACUCACUCUGUUGGAAGCAAUUCGAGCUUACGGGAAUGUCAAACGUUUCAUCCAUGUUUCCACCGACGAGGUCUAUGGGCAGAUUGAAGAUGAUUUUGCCAACGAGAGCCAGAUUCUGCAGCCGACGAGCCCAUAUUCUGCCAGUAAAGCAGCUGCAGAGAUGCACGUGUUGGCGUAUCAAAAGAGCUUUGGGUUACCGGCUAUCGUUGUGCGGAGCAACAACGUGUACGGACCACAUCAAUACCCUCAGAAAAUUAUUCCCUUGUUCAUUCUCAAAGCGAUGAAGGGAGAUAAAUUGCCUAUCCAAGGCAGUGGAAUGCACUCUCGGCGCUAUCUAUACGGCGCCGAUGCUGCGGAUGCAUUUGACACGAUCCUGCACCAAGGAUGCUUAGGAUCUACCUACAACAUUAGCUCUACCCACGAACUGAGAAACAUCGACAUUGCUUUCAAAAUACUCUUAUUACAUGGGUUUGAUGCCAGAGACCGCCCCAGCGAGUACAUUGAAUGGGUCGCAGACCGACCUUUCAACGACAGCAAUUACAAGAUCGAUGACAGUAGAUUGAGAAAUCUGGGAUGGCAGCAGAAGACCGAUUUUGAUGCGGGUUUGAAAGUCACCGUGGAAUGGUAUCAGAAGCACGCUCAAAAUUGGUGGAUGAGCAAGCCAGUACCUAAUUGA